GAGAUCAAUAUGCUUAAAAACAACAUGGUGGCCUGUCUAGUUAUAGGUAUCUGGGCAUCUAAACUCUAAAACUUUGAAUGGAUAGUAUUCUGUUUUGUGCACAAGAGAGUGGGCCUGAUGAGGACCAUCAUACCAUUACUAGCUCCAAGUUUUCUAAAGUCUUGGAUGCUGACUGUGAAAUUUACCACUGGCAAAGUGAGAUCUUGUUUGUGCAACGGAAUAGCAAUAUUAUUGACACAUUUCUAAAUGAUGUGACAAAGUUAGUGACGCUCGAUGGAACAUAUGGAUUGAUCUGGGAUGAGAACCUGCAGCCUUCAGAUGGUAAAUAUGAGCCUGGCUUGCAUUAUUGUGGAACCAGAGAAUCUGACAGAAAAAGUGUGCAUGGCACAGUGUCAUUCUUUCGUGAUGGAAUGACUGGCGUUAAAUUUGCAAUAAAGACCUUAGAGAUGGACACGUACUUUCAUCCUGAGGAAAUUAAAGUCACUCUGAUGAACAGGCACAUCAACAUUUGUUGUGUUUAUGGUAUUAUUAUAAGAAACCACCACAUUCAGAUUCUUUUGGAACAUGCAGGUUUGCCAUUGACUGAAGAGCGGGCAUGGAUAGCGGAGUCACCUCAGAGACUACUCACUUUGGCCAGACAGAGCUUUCAAGCCCUUGAAGUUUUACAUCAGUCAGGAUAUGUGCAUUGUGACCUGAAGCCUGACAAUAUAAUGAUUUUUAAGAAUGGCAAGGAUUUUACUGUCAAAUUGAUUGAUUUUGGCAGCUGCCAGCGCCAAGGUACAGCCUUGCCCCAUCAUGCUCACACCACAAUAUGGUACUGGUCGCCUGAAAUUUGGCAAGCUUUAAAUCACAAAAAACAGGUGGUGUGUAGCUGUGCCAUGGAUGUCUACGCUCUUUCUCUCACUCUGUAUUUUGUUCAGACUUCCUAUCAUUUGAUGCAGUUAUUGAAGGAAGAUGACAUCAAAGACUUGAUGACACAAAAACCAGAGCACAUAUUAUUGAUUGCAUUACCAGAGUCCAUCCCAUUGGAGUUAAGAGCUGUGAUGCGACAAAGCCUUGAUGGCUGCCCUGGAACUCGUCUUAGUGCAGAAAAAGCUGUACGACAACUGACAGAGGACAAUGCUUUUCCGUCAGAGAAUUAUAAAGAGAAGUUUGAAAGGCUAUAUGCUUUACUGAAAAACAAAACAAGUAUUUCUGCAAAAACUGUUUUUGGAGAGAACUCCUUUCAGCUUUCUCCAGAGCAGUCAAGUGGACUCCAAUAUUUUGUUGGUGGCUGCAAAAGUAUGGAAAAACCAGAAGCAACUACAUCACAAAGAAGUAAAAAAUAUGUAUUUCACAGCAGCACCAAGAUUAACAAAAAUCUGUCUAGGAACAAAAAAGUUGCCAGACAGCAACCUUUAAAGGUGAAAACCUUUAAAAAAAAUAGUGAGAAAUGUUCCAGUCUAGUGAAAGCAGGUCAUCCUCAAAAUGAAACACAAGAAUCUAUUCAAGUUCUUGAAAUAAAUACGGAUGAGAAAGCUUAUUCCUGCUCAAUACUUUUGAAAAAUUUGGCUUUACAAGUCAGGCCCAGUGAAAAUAAAGUUACAGAUGUCAGUGACUGUGUACUUGGUCAAGCAGAUUCAUUUGGGGAUAUGAAGGUAUUGUCACUCAAAUCAAGCACACCUGAUGGUAGGUUUCCUCAAAUAAAAAAGACUGCCCACACAGCGAACAAGAUGGUUGAGGGAGUUAUGGAAGCUACUCGGAACUAUAAUAGAGUUGAGACAAUACAAUCGAACUGUCAGCAACCUUUAAAGGUGCCAACUGAUCAAGGAACUGUUAUUCACAGUCAGAAAGUAGUAGCAACGGUUGGCAGUCCAACUAGAAUAUUAUUGAAUGGCUUUGAUGCAAAUGCUGACUCUCAAUCAUCAGCAGUCACUCAUAGCAAUGUUUCACAUGGUAUUCCAAUGGCAACUGACUUGAUGUUACAUCGUUCUGGAGAUAACACCCAGCAAAACCCUUUUGGAAAUGUCACCAGCAAAACAAAUUCUGACGAUGACGUUGCCUUUGUCAUUGAAGCCUUUGGUCCAGGGGCUUUUACAGGUAGUGAAGAUGAUAUUGUUAACAACUGGGUCAAGAUGAUAGAGCAGGAUGAGCAAAGUGACCCUAUUGGAUAUGAAUCUGUCAUGGAUGUCAACUUAAAUAGGAGCAGGGGAGAACAUGUGAACAGAGAGCUGGAGCUGAUGGACACUGACCAAGCUGAAAGUGCUUUGAGCAACCAAACAGUGUCCAUGUCUGAUGGCAUCAUCAUGAAAGCUGGAAGGAAGAGAAUGUCUCACUCAGUAGAAGAUGCUGAAAUACCAAAGAAAUCCAUUUGCCCAGACCAUGAGAAGAAGUUGCCACACUUUGACCAAAUUUUGUCCUAGAGCUUUCUCUGAGAUGCUUGAAUCUCCCAUUAUAUUUAGUCAUUAGUCAUAUAUCUUCCAAAUAUUUCUUCUGAAUACGUUUUUUUUUUUACUUACCAGUAUAUUUCAUCAGUUUCAUCGAGCAGUUAAAAAAAGUUUACACUUGACUACCAAGUCUUUCCACAAUUCAGUUUUAGAGAAUCCUCUUCUAGCCUCAAAUUAUUUUUUUACAAUAUAUUUUUGUAAUUAAUUGAAUUGCGAUAGCUAAUCUUUUAAAACAAAGAUUUCUUUCUUUCAUGAAAAGUUCAGUCAACCUCUAUGAAGUAUGUACGCAUUUAUUGACAAAUAUUUGUAAUUCAGAUUGUGGUGUGGUAUUGAAGAAAGUAAUUAGAAAUAUAUAUAAGCAAGUGAAAUGUAAGCGUUUAAUUAUCCAUGACUUUUCAUUGAAUGCAUUUGUAGUACAUACAAAUGCUUGUAUAAAUGAAACACAAAUUUUUAUAAUUUUUGCUGGCUGCUCAGUUUUAGAUUCAUUUUUUUUUUAAAAAGGUAAGUAUUAGGUGUUGUAUUCCAUCGAUAUAGUUUAGACGAUUGUUUUGGUUAAGGAUAACCUGGAGAAGAUUUCAUGUAAUUAGCUUAGUAGGUAGACAAGAAAAACUCCACAAAACUGGGAACCAGUGAGAGUAGAGAUGGUUCGGACUUAAAUGUACAUGUGAUAUGAUUCUUUGGAAAAAUUAUCCUCUAGGUAUCAUAAAAUAGGUUGAAAAAUGUCAAUGCUAAUUAGUUGACUUAUAACCAAAUGGAAGUCUUUGUCCAUUGUAUUGUCUUAGCACCCUGAAACAGUGAUGACUGAUAAACUUUUAAUGCAUAUUUUCUCGCAUUUUUGUAGGUCUAAGAAGUUUUUCAAGAAACUUCUGUGAUUUACAAGAUAGUUUUUAAAGUAAUGAAAUAAAAAUAUUUACCUGAGUAUAAAAUGAAUUUUUGUGAGUUAAUUAUUGUCACAAAUUAGUUGUGCAACCUUAAGUUGCAUGCUUUGAUGUACAUUUUCUUUAGUCAAAAGGUGCAGUGUUUUUUCGGGAGUGUUUUCAUGAAUUUCAUUUCUGGAAUGAGACAUUACAUUAGAAAGAAAGCAGCCACCAUGUAUUCUGGUUGUUGUUUAGAUCUUUCUUGUAUAAAGAACUAUCGUGCUAACUGUAAACUACAUUUGUUGUUUAUUUCAGUAUUCAAAAUACUGUUGUAAAUAUACAUCUAGACCUAGGUUACUUAUCACAAGUUCAGUGAAAUUAACACACUUGUAUUGCGAUAGGUAAAUUUAUUUGAUCUCAUAACAUACAUUUAGCAUGUAAAAAAAUGUAAAAAAAAUGUUCUAGUCCUCUUAUUGUACUGUUUUGUUGAAUGUAAAUACUUUGUAAAUAUGUUUCAGUUUUUACAAUAACAAUGUACUGCUUUUCUUUCAUGACAUCAUUCUGAACAUUUGUUUUGACCAGUGCAUUUAAAAAAAAACUGCUCUAAAGUUCAUUCUUUCAUUUUAUAUUCUCAUUUUACAUUCCUUAACAAUUUUACACACAAAAUUUAUGAAAGAGAUUACAGUAUGUCACAUUUUCAUUACUACAUCAAAUCUGUUGUUGUAGAUCUGACUUAAAUGAAUCUAUUCUACAGUGAGAUUUUUGAAUAACACUAUUAUUUUUGAAAAAAGAAAAUAAAAAUUGUG